CCAGCGACUUGCUUCACUGGCUUUGAAAUGGGCACGAAACAGGCAGAAUACAUGUCGGAUUAUUGUGCCGCAGCUGACUUUUUUUACAUACCAAUGUCGGAGUCCCCCAACGAAGUCGAAAUGGGAUCUGAAACAGUUGAAAACCUGACCAAGAACGCACCACUCUUUUUUCUUCUGACUGCCCUCCUACUGUACUACCCAUUUGCUGAGUGGAAGAUGAUCUCCAGAUGCCUGGGCAUGGAUCUGGACUCCCUAAGGAAAACUGUGGAGAACCCAGUGUUGUCUUCCAGUGGGCAUUGUGUGGAAAAAGUGGCAACUCUGGCUGCAAACCAGAUGGAAAACUACCUGCAAGUGAAGCGAAAAAAAAACUCCGGACUGUUCUCCGUUCCUAUCCUGUCUCACAUGUCGAUGCCUUAUCUCAAUCAGUUACCUGUAUCUCAACUGCAAUACCUGGUGGCCAUUGCCUUCUCCGCUCUCAUGUUCACCUUCUGUGUCAACCCCUCCUUCUACUACGUGGGGGUGCCGAUGGUAAUGCAGUGCCUGUACAAGUGCUGUCCUGAACUAGUAGAGUUGAUGGGAGAGUACUCCAAGCUCACCUAUUCUGGAGUUGUGCUCUGUGAUGUAAAAGUUAGAUUAUUGGGAGAGGAACAGACUCGUACAUUUGAGUGUCUUCUCAACAGCAGAGAUUUACUUCAAAAGAUUCUGAUUGCAGUCUGGUUUUGGUUUAUUCUAAUAACCAUCCUAACAAUCUUCAACUUUCUUUCCUGGAUUUUCCGAAUUACUUGCUGUUCAUACCAGACUGCUUACGUCAUCAACUCCGACUCGGAUCAGAAGAUUAACCAGUUUUUGGGCAAUGAGUUGAAAUUGGAUGGACGAUUUCUAGUGCGAUUAUUUUCAGCAACCACGAACCCAGUCAUGCUCUCCGAAAUAGUGAAUGAAAUGUUCGUCAGAGCUGACCAAGAAAUGGAAGCAAAUGGCAACCCGGCUGGUUUGGACGUGGGCAGCUUUGCACAUCCCUCGGGUGCGGUGGGAGGAUACCUGAGCAUUAAGUUGGACAGUCCCAAGCUGCCACAACAGGUGCUGCUACCUCAAGUAUGAGACUACAACAGUGAGGGGCGGAAACAUUCGAACUGAAGGCUGAGAGGUCGAGCGAACACUAAAAACUGAAGCAAAUAUCUAACUCUCAAUGCACAAUCUUUUGCCAUCUAUAUUUAACCAAUAUGAUUGUGAAAAUAUCCAUCUUGAAAAUAGUUUCCUUCAGAACUAAAUGGAAUUUCAGAAAUU